CCCAAAGAGGAAGAGGAGUGCACUUGUUUAGCUAAAAAUGGCGGCAUAUAACGAUAUGGAAUUUAAAUGCAUUAAGUUUCCUCAUCGUAGCUCACUUUUGUCAUUAAUCAAAAUGAUAUGAUGAGUGAUUCGUAGGCAAAUGAUUCAUAAGACGUUUAGUGUUGGUUUACAAAUCAAGCGAAAAGAUGAGACGACUAUCAAUGUGUUUGAAAACAGACUGAAAGGGUUGUGUUUUGUUUUUUCCCCCAAAGCCGAGGGCACUAUGUCACAUUGGUCAUGUAGCUCAGUACAGUACAUACUGCGUAGAGGAUACUGACACAGAUAGACUGCUGGACAGUUUCAGAGAGUCUGGAGCAUGGAGAGGGAAACGGAUAUCACUGUGCAAAUGGAAGAAAAAUCAGUUUCUCUGGAGGAUAAGUGCAAAUCCGUACCCACUGUGUUCAAGGAAGAUGAGAUUCCGGUUGUACAGAUGAAGGAUCUGUGCAAGUUUGAGGGAACAAACCCGAUCAAGGACGACAAAUCUAAAUCUGAGCCGCAGGACGUUCUCUUGGGGUCAGAGGUUGCGUGUCAGAAGACGGAGGGAUGUGGGUCAGAGGUAUCUGGUCUGCAGAUGGAGAUGAGGAGCCUGCAGCAGGAGCUGUGGAAGUGUCAGGUAGAAUUAAAGAGAGUGCAGAAGCAGCUGGACCAAAGUCUAAGGCUUCAGAGGAGCACAGAGAGCUUCAACCAUGAUCUGAGACAACAGGUUGAGGAGCUGAGCGCCGAGCUUCAUGAGCGGAAGAAGAAAGAUAAGAGCCGAGUGGAAGCAGAGACUCAGACUGAGGACUACAGUCAGUUCGAGACAGAUUAUAGUUAUUACUACAGUGGAUACUAUCAGGCUGCUGCAGAACCUGUGUAUAACACUGCUACUGAAAUUCAGGAGACCUCUGAAAUAUAUCCCGUCGCAGCAGAGACAGAAGCAGCCAGUUUACAGCAGUCAGAUGAAGUGAACGUGACUGACACAGAGGUGGUUGACAGCAGCAGCUCAUCCAUAGCGGCAAUGUUGAGAGCCACAGCAGAAGAGGCAGUCACUCAGACGGGCUUUGUUUUUGACGAGAAUUCAGGAAUGUACUACGAUCAUUCCACUGGCUUCUACUACGACUCGAACACUCAGCUGUAUUAUGAUGCCAACACAGGCAUCUAUUACUACUAUGACCACAGCAGUGGAAAAUACCAAUUCCACUCUCGAAUUGAGCUGUCCACAGUUCAGCAAGGCCAAACUGCCAAUGACCAGGAGAAUGUCAGUAAAUGGAAGCGCAAAAGAACCACAGAGAAACAAGAGGCUCAGGCGAAAUGCUUAAACCUGAUUAAAUCCCAGAACCACAGUGGGACGAAGGAGAGGUCCAAAGAUGCAAAAAAUCAGGAGGAGCAUUGCAUGGGAAAGAAGGGUGAGACAGUCAUACAGAGAAAAGGUAAACGUUCUCAAAGCAAGACUCGCCUUUCUCGUUCACUGAGCAGGACACGCCUGUCUCGUUCGAGGAGCAGGACACGCCUGUCUCGUUCAAGGAGCAGGACACGCCUGUCUCGUUCUCAGAGCAGGACACGCCUGUCUCGUUCCCGGAGCAGGACACGCCUGUCUCGUUCACUGAGCAGGACACGUCUGUCUCGUUCACUGAGCAGGACACGUCUGUCUCGUUCGAGGAGCAGGUCACGUCUUUCCCGUUCAAGGAGCAAGUCACGUCUGUCUCGUUCGCGGAGCAGAACACGUCUGUCUCGUUCGCGGACCAGAUUACGUAGGCAGAAGAAAUCGCAUUCUGAGGAAAGGAAGAAGAAAAAGAAGAAGAAGAAAAAUAAGAGGCAGUCACACAUGCACAGAGAUUCGGGCUCUCACACAACUAAUAUGGAUGGUGAAAGUGAGCCAGAAGAAGGAGAGAUCUUACAGUCCAGGCCAAAGAAGUAUCCUUCACCAUCAUCCUCGUCAGCAUCUCCGUCUCCUCCUCCACUUACCUCUCCAGUUUCAUACAGCCCAGAGACAGACAUGCUGCCACUGGAAGAAGGAUGGCCCCCGUGUGUGAGAGUGAUUGUGGUUCGCUCUCCUGUCCUGCAGCACGGUACUCUCUUUAUCCUUACCGCUGACAGCAUCGCCACUAUUGGCCGGGAGAAGGAUAUGGACCAUGCCAUCAGGAUUCCAGAGAUAGGAGUCAGUAAGUGCCAUGCAGAGGUGUAUUUUGAUCAGGAUCAGCAGUGUUACAUGUUGGUAGACCGAGGCAGUCAGAAUGGCACGGUGAUAAAUGGCAACAGAAUUUUACAGCCUAAAGUGCGCUGUGACCCUUGCCCUUUAACACACGGUGAUGAGGUGAAGCUGGGUGAGACAGUUUUAUCCUUUCACAUUCACGUUGGUUCGGACACAUGUGAUGCUUGUGAACCUGGUCAGGUGCGAGCUCACCUAAGCUACCGCCGCUCAGAAGAAAACACGGGUGUUAUGCUGAGUAAAGAGGACAAAGAGCUGCAGAGAGUGAGGCAGCUCAAACAGAUCAAACUUAAAUAUGGCCUUAAAAACAGUGGAUAUGAAGGUGGAGGUGUGUUGAGCAAUAAGUAUAAGGACCGUGCAGAGAACCGGAGACAGACGGUGGGAAGUGAGGGCACCUUCUACAGAGACGACGCUCCAGCGUCUGUGCAUGUGGAGAUCAGUGACAAGAACAAGGGUCGUCAGAUGUUGGAGCGAAUGGGAUGGAAGAGCGGAAAAGGACUAGGCAAAGAUGGAGGAGGCAUUACAGAGCCUGUGGAUGUGCAGGUUCGAGCGCCUCAGUCUGGUCUGGGCUGUGGAGCGAAGCUUUCAGUGGAUGAGGUUCCAACAGGCCGGAGUAGAAGGCAGCAGAACUGGGAGCAUGCAAGGGAGCGCUUCCAAAAUGCAGAUCUUGGUCAAGUCAAGACUGACUCAGGAGACAUCCUACUGAGUGACCCCGGCUUUGAAAUCUGAGGUUAACGUAUAAAUGAUGACUUUUUUUGAGGAGACCGCUCCAAAAGUAAAAAUUGACUCAAAAAAACGGAGCAAAUGAGUGUUUACACAUUUUACUGUGAACGUGGAAGAUAUAAAUACACAAUAAAUUGUACAUUAAAAGAA